AUGCCGGUACGACCACCCCUUCAGCGAUGCACUGUUCGACCACUCCGGGGCGUACUUGUCCAUCGCCCGCGGCCGAAAAUAUUACCGUUGGAAGCUGCAGUGAUGCUUGGAGAACCGCACGCCAUCGCAGCGUCGUUUCUCCUCCACGCUCACAUCUCCACAGCUCGCAAUGUUUCCAUCGUUCGUGCGAAAAAGGCUAGUAUUCGAGCCUCAAACAACAUGAGUGACUGCCUGCAGCGUGUUCUUUCAUGUGGUUUGUCGAGAGAUGUUCUCCUUUGCGCGUGUGCCGCCGCAGCAACACCACCGGAACUAUUGCCACCGCUUGUGCAGCGUCACGUGCGUGCGCCGCGUGAUGGAAAUGUUGUGGUGUUAUCAUCGGCUGAAUGGAGGGCAUUCUUCUUGUCAAUGCUGCGCGCUAUUCACAGCACGGCAGCGGGGAGACUCGAAUUUUCUUCUCUUGCGCUGUUGUGCGCCACCUGUCUCGCGCCGUCCGUGCGAUUAGGCGACCAACUCGCUCGAGCGUACUGUGGGUUCACUGGUGAAAUAGAGAGGAAUGGGGCUGUUUGUGCCAACAGUUUCGGUAGUACCGGUAGUGGCAGAGCGGCUGACGGUGUUGUGGCCUUUGCUGCAUGUUGCACGAUGAUGAAUAUCUCUGAAGGGAUGGAAAGUCGUGACACCGCUUGGAUGAGGUUGUGGGCUGACGUGCAGCCAACUUUGCAGAGCGGUUGUGGUGAUGAAGCAACGACGAUGAUGCCCAAUGAAAGUUGGAUUCGAUGCCAAGAGUUACAUCUUGAUUGUCUGCUACGUACGGGGCGACAUGAGGACAUUCGGAAAGUGUUGAGUCCCGAUAGCCUAGUGACUAAGCAGUUCCACCGCAUGUCUGAUGAUACUCUUGCUCAGCUGUUUGUUCAACCCUCACUUUGCGACACCGUGCGCUUCCGUGUUCUCCGAGCGCUGCUGGAUGUUAGUCGUGCAAAAAGUGAGGCCUUAGUGGCCCUUCAGCGAUCACCCUUUUCAAGGAACAGCCACCUACCUAGUGUUACGCGUAGUGCGCGUAUGGUCGCCGCGCUGCUCCGCUGCCUGAUUGUGGAAGCCCGCGACCAGCCGUCGUCCUCCAGAAAUUCAUGUCUGUUCAGUGAUGUUGAAGCACUGUGUAAAAUGUGCAACUCGUAUGCCCUCGCCCAAUCAUUACUUCCCUAUGCUGAUGGCAGUAACGGCAGUGGUGCUGAUAGGACCGGAGUUAUCGCAUUGCUGAUGAAAGCAACACGUGAUGAGUACCGGUCACGAUGCCUCGCAGAGUUUGUUGCUGCCAUCAGUGAUGCCGUGGCGUUUGCCCGUGACUUUGCCCGGCGAGGAGAUGAACUGGCGUCGGCAAUGGUGCACGCAUGCGCAGCUGUUCUUACCAACUUAUUUACCUUAUGUUCUCCCUGCCGAGCGAAGCAUGACGGACACAGAGCGAACAGUAGCGGCAAAAGGCGAGCGAAGCCCGCCUGGCGUCUACGGCUGGAGCGGGACGAAGCCGUGCGAUCGCACAAGUACGAGUUGCUUCCCGGAGAGUUGCCGCAUGGAGCGCUAAGCCAUUUCAUCGCAAUGCUUCUGGCUGAUGGAUUCGUCCUCGACGGGGGAAGUUUGGGAGCCAACCUGGCCGCGGCAGAUUUUCUCGAUUUGAACUUUUACUCACUGCAGUUACUCGGUUCUCUCUACCAUGCUACGCGGGCUAUCGGUGAAGGUCAGGAGUUAGCCGACGUGGUUGGCGUCGUGGAGUCUCUUUACCGCAGACGACGGCAGGUGUUUGGUGAGGAUGGUGUUGCGUUACUAUGUGCACGCUGUCAGAUAACGACGCUGGUCAGGCAAAAAACUGGAGGUAACUUAGGUGAAGGCAGCAGUGGUGAUGCGGCACCAUCAGGUGUGAAAGUUAUGCGAAAGAGGAUGUCAUACCUCAGACCGGGUGCAGCAGACCUUGAUUUCUUGCGCAGUCGCUCGGUGAUUGCCGCUGGGGGAGCUUUCGCUGUGGACUGUAGUGUUGGUGUGUGGCUUCGGAAAGCCACCGUGCAAGUGGAGGCCUAA